CGACGCUGUGCACCACCUAACGACAGGAAGGGAAUAACCCUUCUCUUUUUACCUCCUGCCCUUCCGUGAGCUCCAGUCCCUCAACAGCAACCUAAGCUCCGGGAACAAAUUUUUACUUCGGGCAUCUGCUGCGCCCGAUUUGGAGCACACAAACGAUCGGACGCCUUCUCUAUUCGGUUCCCUUAAUGGCAGCCGAGGAAUUUGUGAAGCAAACUUCCCUUGCCAUAGCCUCCUCAACUUACCCCCAAUCCCCCGGCUAUACCUCCCCCAGCCCUGCAACUUAGAGCGGGACCCCCGCUAUAAUUCACAGCUUCCACACCCUCCCUGGUUCUGCCAACCCCAAUCCGCAGACCGCCCGCGUUGCACCGGACGACGAGAGAAAAUCAAGAGUUCGGGCCCAACAACCUCCCAACUUCCACCCGAUCAUUUCUCAACCAGUGCACUGAAGGCGGUCGCUGCUCGUUCAUGUCGGCCGGGUCAGAAGGACGUCGAAGGAAGUGUCACUGCAGCAUGCACUUGCAGUGACUCCAAGCGAAGCUCGACCUUCCCGCGUCCCGCCCAGCUCCGACUCCCAAGGGCAACGGCGUGCUGCAACACCGAUCGCAGUGCUGCAGCUCGACCACCUUUUCCCCGACUUCCAGGACGCAUACCGUACAUACCGUACAUACCGUACCCGUUUCGCAUAGGAUUACGCAUUCUACUUUUCGGCGCAUGCAUCGUCGUUCUUUGGUGCCAUGGAAACCUCGUCGCCACUGGCUGCCAUGCGGCCCACGCCGCCCUCCAACUUCGGUCAGUCCAACAUGUUUGGACCGCGCCUGGUGCCCAGCCCGCUCGAUAGAGGCCAAUUCACUUUCCAGCUGCGCAACGCCGAGUACUUCAAUCUCAAGGCCGUUCAAGGCUCCUCUCCCGCGGCGUCUCUGGCAGCGGACUUGUCACAAAACUUCAAGCUCAACGAAGCUAGUCCAAUGUUCCCAACCCCGCGCCGGGCCCUUUUCACCACGGCCACCAUGAUGGAUGCGUUUGAAGCUCGUGGGCACUUGACUACGCCCCCCCUGCCGCCUUCGUCAUCCCCUGGCUGCGUGGAUAUGAUGGACAUGUCUCCGUUACCACACAAGGCGCCCUUCAUAGCCCAUACAGAGGCCCCGUCGCCGACACCGGGGGCCAACGACGACGACAUGCUGGACAGUCCGGCCCUACGCCCGAGCGCCCUGCAGCCCGUAAAGCCUAUUGUAUCCGACCGGAGAAGGCUUGGUCUUAGGCGGCCAUCUCUCACCAGAGCCAAAGGUUUCAGCACCAGCGGGCUGCUUACCCGCUCGAAUGCAGAGAACCAGCCGCCGCCGUUCCGGUUUGAGGCCGGGGGCGAUGGCCAGCUGAACACUUCCCACUCGGCAGCAAUGUCGCCGAGCGAAUGUUUCCAGGACUCCCCCCCUCAGGAACGGCGCCCAAAGAGCGCGAAUAGUCCGUGUCCUUCCGUGGCCUUUUCCCGGCCGAAACCGAACUUCAACAGCCUGAGUGCCAUGAGCGGCGUUCGCAACGGGUCGCCUGUUGCAAGUCAUACUCGGAGGACGUCAAAUCCGUUUCUGCGACCCCGGAAGCAGUACCGGCGCUCCGUGAGCAUGUUCGAGAAUUCCGGCGAUGCUGUCAAGCCGAAGAGUGGGGGCCAGCCCAUGCCUCCGGGGUUUGCUCUUCAUUCUGUCGCGGACAUCGAGGAGCCUCCCGAGUACGUCCUGCCCCACUUUUUCUCGGACGAUCCGACCGAGACCAUACCACGCAUCACGCGUGAGACGAUGCUGGAAGUGCUGGACGGCAAAUAUAAUGAGCAUUUCGACCACAAGAUGAUCAUCGACUGCCGGUUCGAGUAUGAGUACGAAGGAGGCCACAUCAACGGCGCUAUCAACUACAACGACAAGGAGUUGUUGGCUACGCAGUUGGUGGACACCCCGAUUGAGGGCCGCACGCUCCUGAUUUUCCACUGUGAAUACUCGGUACAUCGGGCACCCAUAAUGGCUCGCCACAUCCGCUCCAAGGACCGGGAGGCAAACGUCGAGCAGUACCCGAAACUUACGUAUCCUGAGGUCUACAUCUUGGACGGCGGCUACAGCGCCUUUUUCGCCGAGCACCCGGAGCGUUGCUACCCCCAGGCUUAUGUCGAAAUGAACGCGGCCGAGCAUGUUAACACGUGCGAGCGGGAAUUGGGCCGACUGCGCCAGAACCGGAAGGGUUUGGGCCGCGCGCAGACCUACGCCUUUGGGCAACAAGAUCCGACUCUGCUCGACUCGCCUACUGGCCCCAGUCGUCUCGGCACCCGCGAGUCUGACCUGUCGAGCAUGCUGGGUUCAUCUCCCAUCGGCACUGACCGAGCGUAUGCCAGGCGCAUGGUGUCGUUCUGACGCGGACGAUCUGGUGCAGGAGCUCUACUCAGGGCUCGGUUCGGGAUGCCUUGGACGUGUGUUAGGGUCGGGCACACGGUCUGCUGGGCUGAACCCUUUCAGUACCCUCCAUCGGCUGGCGAACACGCUGUUCGCCGUCCCGACAUCUCGAUGUUACCUGAACAUAUACCCUCCCUUCAGCAACCACUGUAUGCUGUCCCUCACAUGUGGACACAGGUCCUACCACUCAGACAUUGAUUUUUUUUUUUUUCCUUGUUCUCCUUUUUUGUUCUUCAUCGGCGAACCUUCUAUAUGCGCCUAGACUCGGUGCGCGUGCU